AUGGCCAUUUGCAUUAAAAACACAACGUUGCUGCAUGAUUCGCAUUGGCCCUGCACUGCUACUCUACUAGUUCACAACUACUCUUACGAUCGAGCGUGUUUCCACUUUGACCUCCUUGGCAAGUCCCCGGUGCAAGGAAAACGAGUGUUUUUGCUGGGUUUGUUAUCGCUGGCACUUUUAACCCCGGUGACACCCUUGAGAGGCCCAACCAAAUUCCGAUAG